AUGAAUUUUGGAUUGAUUUCCUAUGGAAUACUUUUGUAUUUCUUGUGUUUUAGUGCUAGAAACGAUGCCGUGCGCAAUUGGGAUUUCGAAUUUUUGUACAUCGAAUCAACUAGCUCAAAUGAGGACCUAAUCAAUGCCAGCUUAAAACUAGAACACACAGAAAUUGGUAAGAAUUCAGCGUCAGGUUUCAUCGAUUGGAAAUUCGAUGCUGAUGAACAUACUAUGUUUCAAUUGCGAUUUCUUUGGAGUCAGAGCGGCAGAGAUAAUGACUAUAAGGACACCAUUUAUCAAGUACCGAUGAUAACUUUUUAUGAGUUUCUUGAUAAAUAUUACAUGAAAGUUAUCUAUGCGGAUUGGGGCAGUUGUUCGAAUUUUCCAAAUAUCGGGGACAAAUUUGUUCCACCCUGGAACAAAACUACAUACAUAUUUUCUAAAUGUGAUCCACAGGUCGUGAACUAUCCAGAUAUAUUACCUAGAGGCUAUCAUAAAUUGGUGGGCAAAGUAAUUGGGCAAGCUGAACUUGUUAUUCAUAUUACUCUAAAAUUGACACCCCGAAAAAAUAUGCUUGUAUAAAGUGUUCCUUGAAAAUACCUACGAUAAAUAUAUAGAAUUUUCAAAAUCACAUUUCUGGAGUUUAUUUCAACCUGUGUUCUGAUUAAAAUUUAUAAUUCAAAUUGAGUCCUGUUCCAAAGUCCGAUUUGCCUCGGAAUGGUCCGCUCAUGUGUCGCGAUGCAUUUGCUGUGGCAUCCAAAUUGAGGUUGCCGCUGGGCGACGACAUCAGAUUGACUUUGCCAGCUGCAUUCAUGGUUGUCAUAUUGUAUUUCGGUAUAUGAUUGACUCCCACAGAUGCAGCAUGGCCGCGACUAGAAUUAAUAUUCAACCCACCUCCGAAUUGGUCGAGAUUUCGGGUAUGAGUGUGCAUAGCAGUUGCAUUUAUCUCUGCUUGCUUGUUGGAGAAAAUAUUCGCCUCGCCGCUGAUUGUGGUUGAAUGACUUUCCAUUGCAAUUGGUUGUGGUUGCUGUUGAUGCUGAAACACCGAUUAGUGAUAGUAUUCUGAGUGUCGCUAGUUCUCCGAUCCGCUUUUUAUACCCCGGCAGAUGCAUCACCGCAAACUCGGUACAUUCCCGCCUAUAGUUUGCGUUGAGUAAUGGGUACAUCACACGCUUGACACUCAUUUAGAUUAAUAAAAUACAUAA